AUGAAGACCACAAUAAAUGAUGCGGCGACUUUGAUAGAUCAUACCCACGCUGCUCCACCUGCAACUUUCGAAAUAUUCACUGGAAACGACCUCCCAAGCUCUAAUAACAGAUAUCUUAUUGGUAUGGCAAAGAUGGAUGGCCACGGCCGUUUAAUCCCCGUUGCUACGGUGCUUGCCUCAAAUCAAACGACAACGCACAUCAAGCCCAAAAUGAAGUUCUACAUUAGUCGGGCCAAAUACCCAGCCAGUUUCAUAGUUGACUUCGCGUCUCUGUCUAGACAUGCCGGCGUGGUCGACUUCAGCUCCGGCGAAGGACAAAUCGGACAUUUUGCGAUUGUUAGGUUCACUCAUAUUGGGAACUUCCAAGUUGACUACCAUGAACAGCCGCUCGGGGCGCAGGGCAAAGGGCUAGUGAAACAGGGCCUCGAAAAGAUCCAUCAAUUUUUGAGCUAG